AUGGCCUCCCCCGCCGUCCUCGCCGCUCGUGCGGCGCUUGCAACAAUUGAUCUAUCCAGCUACGACAAGGAGCAGUCCCGGCUCAUGGACGAGCGGUGCAUCCUCGUCGACGAGCAGGACAACGCCAUUGGUGCCAUGGACAAGAAGACCUGCCACCUCAUGGAGAACAUCAGCAAGGGCCUCCUACACCGCGCAUUCUCCGCGUUCGUCUUCCGACCCUCCGACGGCAAGCUUCUCCUGCAGCAGCGCGCCUCCGAGAAGAUCACGUUCCCCGACAUGUGGACCAACACUUGCUGCUCGCAUCCGCUUGACGACUUCGAGGCUGAGAAGGUCGAGAAAGACCAACUCGGUGUACGCGUCGCUGCCUCCCGCAAGCUUGAGCAUGAGCUUGGCAUCCCGCAAAGCCAGACGCCUAUCGAUCAGUUCCAAUAUCUGACUCGGAUCCACUACCUCGCUCCGUCCGAUGGGAGGUGGGGCGAACACGAAGUUGAUUACAUCUUGUUCCUCACGGCCGAUGUUGAUGUCACCCCCAACCGGAAUGAAAUCCGCGACCACAAGUAUGUGAGCAAGGAGGAGCUGCAGGCUAUGUUUGAGGAUCCGAGCAAGAGUUUUACUCCCUGGUUCAAACUCAUUGCUCGCGAUUUCCUCUUUGGAUGGUGGGAUGAGCUCUUUAAGAGAAAAGAUGCAGAUGGAAAGCUCGUUGCGAAGAGCCUCACUGGAGUUGCAGAUGGUUCCAAGGUCAUCAAGAUGACAUAG